AUGCCAAUUGCCAUAAGAACUGUCGCAUCGAAGGUAAGAAGCUACUGUUCGGCCCAGGCGAAUAACAGGAAGAAAAUCGAAGAAGAAACUCUACCCAACUACAACUCUUCGGUCUUCUAUCCCGCUCGCAUUGGCGAAGUCCUCGCACCCAAAUAUAGGGUUGUGGAUAAGCUGGGCUUUGGAGCCAAAUCCACGGUUUAG